AUGGGCACGAUGCAGCUGGACGAAGACUUGAAACUCGAUAUGGACGACAGCGGAUGCGUUCAAGAUGAACCUUCGCCGACGAAGAGCGGUGGCGUGGACGCGCCCACCACCGGCGUCCAACUCCUCGACCUCUCGGAUGACGUGCUCCUCUACAUCUUGAGGCACUGUGUGCCCAGAGACCUCAAGGCGCUCGGCUUCUGCUGCACCCGCCUCGCCCGCCUCGUGCUGGAGCGCUCGCUGUGGCGCGACGUGGACGCGCGCGACCACCCGUGCGGCAGGGCGCGCUUCGGCUGGAUAGUGGGCGCGCUCCACGGGGACACCACGCGGCUGAUGGUGGCCGGCCACGCGAGGGACGCGGUGGGAUGCUUGGGCUACAUCGUCGGCCGCCACCCGGACCAACGGGAACUGGAGCAUCAGGAGCAGAUAGCCCGGGUGAUAGGCGUGGAGCCGAUAGAAAUAGGACUGGUCGACCUGCCAGAGAUGCCAAUGGGUCGUGGACGGCGUCCGCAGGCCCGGUUCCAGAUCAGCGCGCACCAGCUGCCGAGACGCACCGACUCGCCCACGUGGCCCGAGGAGCGCGAGCGCGACGGGUUCGAGGUGGUGGCGCUGGACCCGCACCCGGUGGGCGAGGAGCAGGACUGCCUCGGGCCCAGGUUCACGGUGGGCGCCAGGCUGCUCGGGCAGCUGGGGCGCCGCUGCCCCCGGCUGGCGGUGCUCGCGCUCGAGUACUGCAACAUCAACUGCAGGAUGACGGCCAUCAGCCAGUUCCCGCCGACCCUGAGGGAGCUCUCCCUCCGCGGCACCAAAUGCUUCAACCAGCCGCUGGACAAGUCGUUCCUCUUCAAGAUCCAGGACUACCUGCCCGACUUGGAGACGGUGGACGUGAGCGAGUGCGAUUGGCUGGAGCCCUCCUCGCUGCUGCCGCUGAGCAAGCUACGCGCUCUACUGUGCCUACGGGCGCGCCACGCUACGCGCCUCUGCGAGUUCGUCGCCUACGCUUCGCUGGCGGCGCGCUACGGUUUCCGUAGCCUCGUGGAGCUGGACCUACGCGGCUGCCCCGUAGGCGACUCGGAGGUGUCUGCGCUCGGCUGGCUGCCCUCGCUACGAGAGCUACGGCUGCAGGCGCUGCCCCUCCCCCCCGCGCCGCUCGCUACGCACCGCCACGAGGAGGCGGCCGCCACGCACAGCGAGUCGCUGCUCGAAUACUGGGAGCAGCAGGAGCCGGAGUUCUUCAGGAACCGUGUCCAGCUCGACACGGAGCCGAUGGAUUGCUCGAUGAGGCCCGACGCGAACGGAGAAUGCGCCAAUGAACCUGAGAACGGGGAGGGAGUGCUUAACGGUGACCUGAACAACGGUCAGGAAACUGAAGAUACGGGCGAAGGCACCAGCGGCAGGGGCAGUGAUGGCGCGGGCCCCACGAAGCGGAAGACUGGUGGAGACGAUGAACAGGCCACUUGCUCCAAGCGGAAGAAGCCCACCGAGGGGGCGGAUGAGAAGAAAGACGUAGAGGGGAACAGGGAAGGAGAGAUAGAACAUGAUGGAUCGGUGGUCAAUAGCGAUGGCACCGAGGGACCUAGACGGGUGGAUAACGCUGGGAACCUUGAGGGAACAAGUAACGAUGGCGAGGGAUCCAAGUCGAGUGAGGCCAUUGGCGGCGGGUCCGGAACGAGAGAGGAAUAUGCUGGGAGGUCUGAGGCAGGUGACGAUAAUGCCAAGAGGCCUGAGAGGUGCGCAGAGUGUGGCUUGAACCUGGAGGGUGAUGAUGAUGAUGAGGAUCAGGGGGAGAAAUUGAAUAAUCCCGAGAGGCAUGGAGACAAUGGGGAAAUUGCUGAGGGUAGGGCGGAAAACGGAGAGAGGCCUGAGGGUAGAGGGAAUAAUGUUGAAAGGCCCGAGGGCAGGGGCAAUAAUGGCGAUAGAUCUGGGAGGAGGAGGAGGAAGGAUGACCGUGACAGACGCGCGGGCCACGGGCGGGGGAGCGGGUCGGACGGGCCCGACAAUGGCGCCCCCAGGCGGCGGUUCCGUGCGGAGGAGGUGUGCAUCAACGUGAUAAACAGGCGGGGCAACGUGCGAGUGCAGGUGCAGGGUGGCAACCGCGUGCGGAGGGCGGCGAGGCAGGGGGCGGCGAGGCAAGCGGGGGCGGCGCCGGCAGGGGACGGGCGGGGGCCGGCGGGACCGGGGGUGGCAUCGGCAGGGGAGAGACAGGAGCCGGGGGGGUCAGCGUCGCCGAGACCAGGGGCAGCGGAUCCGGAGUCGGCGCAGUUGGGGGUUGCGCAGCCUGAAGCGGUGGGACAAGGAGCGGGGGAGCUGGGGGAGGAGAGACAAGGGGCGGUGCAGCCAGAGGUGGCGCAACAGGAGGGGCGUCAGAGAACAGCGGCGCAGGGUGCGGCGAGACAGGAUGCGAUGACGCUGGAGGUAGGAAGUCGGGGGACAGUAAUACUGGAGGUGGGGGGUCAAGGGGCGAUAAGUCUGGAGGUGGGGAGACAAGGAGACAUGAGGGUGGAGAUGGAGAGGCCGGGGGUGUCGGGGCAGGGGGCAGCUGUGCAGGGUGCAGAGAGACAAGGGGCGGUAGAGCCGCAAGCGGCGAGAGAGGCGGCGGCGGGCCAGAGGGCGGCGGUGAACGGAAGGGCAAGACAAGGGCUGCUGGGGCCGGAAUUGGCGAGACAAGUCGCGGCUGAGUGCAUUGACCUAAUGCAUGAAGCGAUGAGACCGCGGCAGCUGGCGUCGGUGGUAAUGAGAGACGGAGUGGGGGUGGGGCUGGGAGUUCCGGUGAUGAUAAGACCGGACGGGACACGGUACAGGGUCGCUUUGCAAGAGAUCGUGAGGCAAAGAGUGAUGGAGCCGGCGGAGGGGAGACAGAGGCCAGUGGGGCAGAGGGCGGCGAGGCAAAGGGCGGCGGGGCAGGAGGGGAGGGCGUCGAGGCACAGGGCCGCGGCGCAGGGACCGGCGAGGCAGAGGGCUAGACGUGGUCCGUCCAGGCCACAGGCGGCGGGGCGUAGAGCGCCGGCGCAGAGGGCCGAGGAACAGGGUGCGGCAGCGCAGCAGGCGGCGGAGCAGGGGGCGGAGCAGGGGGCGGUGCAGGGGGCGGAGCGCGGGGCGGGGGCCGACGGGGCGGAGGGCGCGGCGGGCGGCGGCGAAGGGGCGCCGCGGGAGGGCGUCCUGCAGGCGUCGGUGGCGGCCCAAGUGAGCUUCAUCUGCUUCCGGGGGCACGGCUGCGACCCGCCGCCGGCGCCCGAGCCGGAGCCGCAGUGCAACGACCCGCAGUACCGCGCGCUCUACUUCAACUUCGGCCACCCGAGCCACGUGGUGUACGGGCCCCCGCGCCACGUGAGCUUCGUGGCCGAGCGCGCGGGCGCCGGCCUGCCGCCGCAGGACCCGGCCGCCCUGGUGUCGGACGCGUCGGUGCGCCGCUUCGGGCGCGCGGACGGCGAGCGCGUGAGCUACGUGGUGGUGGGGCCGGGCGGCGCUCAGGCGGCCGGCGCCGAGCCGCCGGGCGCCCAGGCGGCCGCGCGGCCCGAGCGCUCGGCGCUGCACGAGCUCUCGCUGGUCGGCUACCGGCACGUGACCGACCGCAGCCUGGUGCACCUGGCGAGCGCCGCGCCCGAGCUGCGCAGGCUCGACGUGAGGGGCAGCGGCGUGAGCGAGGCGGGCGUGCAGCGCUUCAGGGCGCUCAGGCCCGACUGCGAGGUGCUGCACGGCGACGCGCCGCCGGCGGACGCG